AUGCCUGCUCUGAACGGCGGGGGAGGGUCCUGCUCACAGGGCGUCGUGGUGUCCCUCGUGUCGGCGCUCGUGUUCUGCGUCCUCGUCGCCACCGUCAGCGCCUGGAAGGCGUUCGCGUUCACAGGCCUGGCGCUGGCCGCCUUGAUCGCCCUCGAGUGCCUCGCGCCCGAGAGCUGGCGCGACGGGCGGAGGGGCGGCGCUGGCGCCGCCGCCGAGGGCGUGGCUUGGGCAGCAUCCCGACUCGGCGGGCUCGGGAAGGCCGGGAUCGAGUCGCUGCCAACUUUCGCGUACGCAUCCCGUCGCCCCGUGGCCGGUGGCGACCUCGAGUGCGGGGGCGCCCAACCCCAGACUUGCUCCGUGUGCCUGGAAGAUAUCGGCGACGGCGAGAUGGUGCGGCAGCUGCCGACGUGCAAGCACCUCUUCCAUGUCGGGUGCAUUGACAUGUGGCUACACUCACACACCACUUGCCCUAUCUGCCGUUGCGACCUCUCGCCACAGCGGACGUGUAACGGCAAGGUGACAGCUGUAGGGAUCGAACCGCCUGUUGUUUAG